AACCACCGUCUCGACACGUGAUGCACAAAGAGGAGGGAGGGGGGGGGCGGUGUUAUUUUGACGUUGAACAGGACCAGAACACACUCGCGCUCGGUCCCGAAAACAUUCAAAGUUGGUCGUCCGCACUUAGCAUCCCCAAAGAGGGGAUAACAUGACUGUCCUGGGGACUUGUUUUCGCUAAACAAGGCGGGAAAGCGCAGCGGAAACGGGGGCGCCGGAUGUCGGGAGCUCCCGCCCCGUAAAUAAGACAUGAGCCUGGCUGGCUGCACCGCAGCGAGAGGGAGACAACCGGCCAUGAUGAGACGCUUCCCACCUGACAUGUUUGCUCGCUUUUGGUGUGUGGCGAACCUUUAGGUUCCGACAGACUAUCCCACUACCGCGAGGGGAGGCGGCACCUCGGCCGCUGACAGGUCGCUGAGCUCCGGGGGCAGAGCGAGGCUCCGUCGUGCAUCAGUGCGGGACAUUUGCGGGUCGAUUUGGUCUCGCGGAUGGGGCGUUGAAAUCACAGCAACAAAAGGCCUCCGUCAUCCCUCCACCUGCCCGCCUCCCUGAGGUGAAGAGCGGCGAUCGUCGCGGGACCUCACUCAUCCCGCCCGUCUUAUAUGGGAGACUUUUGCAAGUUUGGACAACCACGCCAAGACCAAAAGACUGAUCCGGACUCGCCGCGCGUGAACCUGCAAUCAUCAGCGACAUGGAAGCGAAGUAUCGCACCCAAAGAAAUGCCGGGCGGGGAUAUGCAGAGAUUUUCAAGUGCCUUGGACACAGCGCUUCAUUUUCCAUCGUCCCCCGAGUCGUCAUCGCCAUCGGUUGUUCUUUUGGAUUGUGAUUUCCUUCCGCCCGCUCGCCGGCGUUAACCCCCCCCCCCCCCCCCGGCCACGCCCACCCGAUCAUCUGCUCCUUCCUCAAUCGCUGCCAUUUUCUUGACACUCGGCAGCAGGCCGCGCUCACAUGUGAUGCUGUGGUAACUAUGGCAACAGCCACCUCUUCCUCCUCCCCGCCGCCGCCGCCGUCCUCCAACGGCAGCGCCCGGGAACACUUGAUGGCGGUGAGGCGCCGUAGCCCUCACGGCCGACCGUACACCAUCGGGCCGGAAAACAUCCGCAGCUUGUCGGGCUCUUCUUCGCCCGCGUCGCCUGUCUUGACGUCGGGGGGUCAACCGGAAGCGGCGGGGGUGGGGCUGCAGCGGGCCAAUAGCGACACGGAUCUCGUCACGUCGGACAGCCGCUCCUCGCUCACGGCGUCGACGUACCAGCUUGUCCUCGGCCACGGGCGCCUGGUUAUCUCCUGGGACAUCAAAGAGGAGGUGGAUGCCACCGACUGGAUCGGACUGUACCACAUAGACGAGACAUGUGUCGCCAAUGUGUGGGACUCCAAGAACCGCGGCGUGAACGGUACUCAGCGAGGACAGAUUGUGUGGAAAUUGGAGGCGGGGCCCUACUUCAUGGACUAUGAGACGAAGAUCUGCUUCAAAUACUAUCACGGUGUGAGCGGAGCCCUCAGAGCAACAACGCCUUGCAUCACCGUCAAGAACCCUGGCGUGACGGUGGGCAGCGAGGGUGAAAUUGAAAGCCAGUCAGGGGGGGAGCACUGUCGCAAGCUGGUCAGCUUCACCCUCUCAGACAUUCGAGCGGCGGGCCUAAAGAAGGGAAUGUUUUUCAACCCGGACCCUUACUUGAAGAUGUCCAUUCAGCCCGGAAAAAGGACGGCCCUCCCCAAGUUCACACACCACGGCCAGGAAAGACGGACUUCCAUUAUCGCCAAUACCACCAACCCCGUGUGGCACGGCGAGAAAUACACUUUUGUGGCCCUGAUGAGUGACGUGAUGGAGAUCGAAGUGAAAGAUAAGUUUGCCAAGAGCCGACCAAUCAUCAAGCGCUUUCUGGGUCAGCUGAUCAUACCCGUACAGAGACUUCUGGAGGGGCCCGCGGCCGACCAACACCCGGUCAGCUACAGCUUAUGUCGCCGCCUCCCGACAGAUCACGUUAGCGGGCAGCUGCAGUUCCGGGUGGACAUCACCUCUACUGGACAUGAGGAUGCAACAGGAACCAUCUUGGGCAGCGGCGUGAACAGCGACCCCGGGAGUCCCUCUGACGACGAGGACCUCCCGAACCAUUCCUCAUCUUCUCGCCUCGCAUGCGGCGCCGCCCUCACAGGCUCGGAGGAAAGCCCCCCGUUAGUCAACGGUGCUUGUUACUAUGGCAACAGCAGCGCCUGGCAGGAGGACACGGUUCUGGCGGCCCCGGGCGGCCACACCCACAGGCAAGUGUCCCUCAAUGACUACUUGGAUGCCAUUGAGGCCUCCGGCAUCCCCGUGGAGCGACUUCCCGCAGGGCCGUCGCCGAGGCUGCGCUCCAGCUUUCCCACGGACACUCGCCUCAACGCGAUGCUCCACAUCGACUCGGACGAAGACGAGGAGAGCGCGGGGCAGCGCUGUAGCCAGCAGGAGACCAGGUCGCAAAGGACCGCGGACGUUGCCGGUGGGAGCGAGGCCUCCAAAUGUGAGCGCGGCAGGUCAGAAGCGGACUCUCCCGUCGCUGAGUCGGCUCAGUUCGACGGUUCGGGGAGCGCGGCCGAGCUGCAAAUGGAGGGGAUGCCGAUUAUCAACGGUGCGGAUGCGACCGGCGCAUCGGCACGGGUUAGUGGAGAGAUGGAAGACGGCGGUUCUCCUCAGGCUUCGCAACUCGAGUCUGCCAGCGAUUGCACAUGCGGCGAGCAAAAUUCGAGGAUGAACACCAACCAGGCCUGCAGUUCUUCAUAUAGCGCUAGCUGCGGCCCGCUUUCACCCAUUCAGGAGGUGGAUACCAGGACGGAAGUGGCUCCGAGGGCAGAGGAGGAAGGAGCAGAGUUAUCCAGCAGCAACAGCUUAGCGACGACUGCUAUGACAACGGGGAGCGACAUUGGAACCUCUGAUGCAGGGGCUGUUGGCCCAGAAGUGCAGGGAGAGGAGCAAGAGGAGGUGGAUGAGCAAGGAGAGGUGUGGAAGAGACGCUCUUUGCGGGCCGCCGAAGUUGCUGCCGACAACCAGGUGGCGUGCAGGGCCAGAGAUGGACCGAGCGCGGCGUUGUCAGAUAGAGAACCCGCUCAGGUCAACGGCCACGUUUCUGUUCACACGCUGCCGUCCGUACGCCACGACAUCAGUCGCUACCAGAGAGUGGAUGAACCCCUCCCGCCGAACUGGGAGGCGCGGAUCGACAGCCACGGGAGGAUCUUUUACGUGGACCACGUGAACAGAACCACCACCUGGCAACGUCCCACCGCCCCGGCUGCCCAGCAGACACUCCAGAGGUCCAGCUCCAUCCAGCAGAUGGAGCAGCUGAACCGCAGGUAUCAGAGCAUUCGGAGGACGAUAACCAAUGACAGCAGAGCGGAGGAGGUGCCGGCCAUUGAGCAGCCACCAGACGAGACUGAUCUGCACCCUCCCUUCCCAGAGCUGCGUCGAGACAGCAGCGCAGCCCAGUCCUGUUCCAGAUCCCGCCUCUACCUGCUGCUCCAGUCUCCCAGCGCCAGAUUCCUCACCAGCCCCGACUUCUUCACUGUGCUGCAUUCUAACCCCAGUGCCUAUCGCAUGUUUACCACCAACACGUGCUUGAAACACAUGAUCAGUAAGGUGCGCCGGGACACGCACCACUUUGAGCGCUACCAGCACAACCGGGACCUGGUGGCCUUUCUCAACAUGUUUGCUAACAAACAGCUGGAGUUGCCUCGAGGCUGGGAGAUGAAGCAUGACCACACCGGCAAGCCUUUCUUUGUGGACCACAAUAGCCGUGCCACCACCUUCAUUGACCCUCGGCUACCCCUGCAGAGCUGUCGACCGCCGAGCCUCUUGACUCACCGCCAACAUCUGACCCGCCAACGCAGCCAUAGCGCUGGUGAAGUCAGCCCGCGCCGCCUGGUAGGCGAAGAGUCACGUCAUGCUGGGCCUCCCAUCUUGCCGAGGCCCUCAAGCACCUUCACGUCCGCUAGUAGGGGCCAGGGGCCAGAUGUUGUGCCAGUGGCAUACAAUGACAAAAUCGUGGCAUUUCUACGGCAACCCAACAUCUUUGAGAUUUUACAGGAGAGGCAACCAGAUUUCCACCGGAACCAUUCGCUCAGGGAGAAGGUCCAGCUGAUCCGUACGGACGGAGCGUCGGGAUUGGCCCGGCUCUCGGGAGACGCCGACCUCGUUAUUUUGCUCAGUCUGUUCGAGGAUGAAGUCAUGUCCUACGUGCCUCCUCAUGCCUUACUGCACCCCAGCUAUUGCCAGUCUCCUCGGGGCUCUCCUGUCUCCUCCCCGCAAAACUCACCCGGCACUCAGAGAGCAAACGCCAGAGCUCCAGCGCCGUAUAAGAGAGACUUUGAGGCCAAACUGCGCAACUUCUACAGAAAGCUGGAGACCAAAGGCUACGGCCAGGGACCAGGGAAGCUCAAGUUGAUCAUCCGCCGCGACCACCUGCUGGAAGAUGCCUUCAAUCAGAUCACCUGCUACUCCCGCAAAGAUCUGCAGCGCAGCAAGCUGUACGUCAGCUUUGUGGGCGAGGAGGGAUUGGACUAUAGUGGACCUUCCCGAGAAUUCUUCUUCCUGGUUUCAAGAGAAUUGUUCAACCCUUACUAUGGUCUCUUUGAAUAUUCUGCCAACGACACAUAUACAGUCCAGAUCAGCCCCAUGUCAGCCUUUGUGGACAAUCACCAUGAGUGGUUUCGCUUCAGCGGCCGCAUCCUGGGUUUGGCUCUGAUCCACCAGUACCUUCUGGACGCAUUCUUCACCCGACCCUUCUAUAAAGGAUUAUUACGCAUCCCGUGCGAUCUGAGCGACCUGGAGUAUCUGGAUGAGGAAUUUCACCAGUCGCUUCAGUGGAUGAAGGACAACGACAUUGAGGACAUGCUGGACCUCACCUUCACUGUCAAUGAAGAAGUCUUUGGCCAGAUCACGGAGCGCGAGCUGAAGGCUGGCGGGGCCAACAUCCCCGUGACCGAGAAGAACAAGAAGGAGUACAUUGAACGGAUGGUGAAGUGGAGGAUCGAACGCGGUGUCGUACAGCAGACUGAAAGCUUGGUCCGAGGCUUUUACGAGGUGGUGGACGCACGCUCUGUGUCGGUGUUUGAUGCCAGGGAGCUGGAGCUGGUGAUGGCGGGAACGGCAGAAAUUGACUUGUCCGAUUGGAGGAACAACACGGAGUAUAGAGGAGGUUACCAUGACAACCACAUCGUGAUCCGUUGGUUCUGGGCCGCGGUGGAGAGAUUCAACAAUGAGCAAAGACUUCGACUCCUGCAGUUUGUGACUGGGACAUCAAGUAUUCCCUACGAGGGCUUUGCGUCUCUGCGAGGAAGCAAUGGACCUCGGCGAUUCUGCGUGGAAAAGUGGGGCAAGGCCACGUCUCUGCCCAGAGCUCACACUUGUUUCAACCGCCUGGACCUGCCUCCCUACCCGUCAUUCUCUGUGCUGUAUGAGAAGAUGCAGACCGCCGUGGAGGAAACCAGCACUUUUGGACUGGAGUGAGAAGAAUUUUUUUCGCCCCCCCCCACCACCACCUCCAUCACGUGAGAUCAUAACCGAGGACAUAUUCCAAAGGAACAUCAGCUGACGAUUCGGCUUUGGAGGUAGCGCGUCUUCACUGUGCGUUUUGGGCCGCGGCAGCGACGUGCAAACAAACGAAGGGACCACGAAACACCGCCUUGCGGACCACAAUCAGGGAG